UUAUAGUGUGACUGCGGUGGGCAUUGUGACACUGGGGGGAACUGACUUGGUGUCACUGACAUCCCCACCUGACACCAAUAUAGUGAUCAGUGCUAAUAAAAAGCACUGAUACUGUACUAAUUGCACUGGGCAGGAAGGGGUUAACAUGUGGAAAGAUCAAAGGGUUAACUGUGUGUUGUGUGCCAUUUUACUUUGUGUCCUGUGUUACUGCUUCACUGUAAGCACACUGCUUUGCAUGGCUGUGAUGUGUACAACCAUGCAAAGCAAUGUGCAGGAGGUGACAGGGAGGAGAACUGUUUUGUUCUCCCCCCCAUCGGAGAUUCGCCUGGAAAUGCAAAAUCAU